AUGCUGAGCCCUACUUUUGUUCUGUGGGAUGUUGGCUAUCCCCUAUAUACCUUUGGCUCUAUUUUUAUUAUUAUCCUGCUUAUCUGGCAAGUGAAAAAGAAUUAUCAUAGAAUAAUGGAACCUAAAAGGAGCUGCUGCCGGCGUCACUGGAAAGCCAGACAGAGGGAAAGAAAUUCAGCAUCGAAAGCUAGGAGUCAUUCUGAAGAAGAAUUUGAGAAGCCAAAGAAGCUGCUUUCUGUGAUUAAAAGCCAGGGCUGGAACCCUCACGAGGGAAGUGUGCGGCAACUCCUGUGCACAGAUCCUGGCUGUGACAUCUGCAAUGAUGUGGCUCUGGAGAUUCAGCAGCUACUGGCAGGUGAGCAGACUCCAAUCUCCAAAGAUGCACAGAGGCCAUCACAGAGCUCUUCCUGCCCAGAGAUUAUGUCCAGAUCUACUGUGACUUUUGAGCAGACUUUGGAGCACUGUUCCUUGUCACACUCCAACGAUCUGGUACUUCCAUCUGCUAUCCGUGUGAUGUCACACUACAGACACCAGAGCUCCGUCACCCAGUUGUGUGCCACGUCACCUUGUGCAGUCCGCAUCCAUGAUUACUGGGCUGAGCAUGAUCAGCUAAGGCAGGAACUUCAAGUCACAGAGGUAACCUACGACUCCAAGUCUAGAUUUUCUUCAGAGCCUAAAGAGUCUACAGUUUCAGUGUGCCAACAGACAACAGUGCUGAAAGUCCCAGGAAAUAUCUCAGAAAAUCAAGGAACAAAGCUUGAGAAUUCCUCUCCCUCGAUUUACACACCUUUGGCUGUGAAUCAGGAUGUAACUGCCAAGGCCCUGGCACACCCUAUGGCCAUGCACAUGGUCACUCACCCACCAAUCCUUAGUCCUGAAAUCCUGAGGCUACUUGAAAUACAUGUAAAAAAGUGGAUGCACUUCCAGAAGUGGGGGCUUCCUAGACGAGUGGAGGAGUCAAUGAGGCAGUUUAUGCCACACCCACCACUGUUUCACCAGCCUGUAAACAACCAACCACUUUCUCUCAUCCAGAAGUGUACUUCUAAUUUAGCUAUUGAAAGAUUUGGGACUAUAUCUUACCAGACCUGGGGUUCAUGUAUGGCUGGCCAGCCCACCCAGGCCUUCUGGGUUUCAGAAUGGUCCAUAAUUGAUCCAACACAUAAAUACCACUGUCAGCGAAUCCAGAACCAUCUAUCUCUAGUCUUACCAUCUCAAGCUUUUAAAGACUUAGGUACUUUCUAUACACUUCCUGGCCAACAGAUUAAUGAUUCAAUGAGCAAUUUGCAGCAGAAAUACAGACAGCUCUUUUGUGGCCUCCCUUCUUUGCAUAGUGAGUCCCUGGUUGUAAACAUCUUGGGUUCUCAAGAAUUCUCCAUGGACAGGAGUGUAUCUAAAAUGCCUAUGAAGGAUCAUUUUCUCUUUCAAGAGCUCUCUCUUAGCCCCUUGCUUCCUAAAAUUCCACCCCAGUCAGUCCAACCUUCUUCCCAACCAUCUUCAAAUGAGAUCCCCUCAUCAGAACACCAGGAAACUCAGAAUAAUGUCCCAUUUUUGACUCCGACCGAGUGUGAAGCUUUGGAGUGGCACUUGCUACAGAAGCAAUUCCAACUGCAGUGGGGCUUGCCAGUGAUUUUGCAAGGCUCUCAGCAUGUCCUGAGCCCCAUGCAACAUCUGCCCUAUGACAAAUCCCCAUCCCCUGGAACAGUGGAAAACUCUUGUGGGGAGAAGACUACCUCAAUCCUCAGAAGGGGAUUAUUAUUCUUUCCAGAGCAUUCCAGGAGGCCACUGGAUUUUCACCUCCAGAGGCAGUUGAUUCACCAACGCUGGGGCUUGCCCCUGAAGAUCCAGCAGUCCAGACAGCUGGUUCUGUCCCACAAUGACCAUAAGCCUCUGUCAUGGAGAAGCCCAGGAGAAGACACCAAUGUGGGUGUCUGUCAGUCUACAGACCUAAAAGCUGCUCUAGCUGGUGAGUCAUUUUCACACAUCAUGGACACAGAAUUAGUCUACGUGCCACACUUGUUUGCCCAGGCCAAGGCCGUAUUACAGAACCACAUAAACUCAAAAUGUGGGCAGAUUCUCCAGGGCAACGUCCCUAUCUGUAUGUAUAGUUCUGGGAAGCAUAGUACUCCUGAAGAUUUGCAAGUAACUUCUUUCACCUGUGUGCCAGAAAGCAAGACCUUGGAGCUACAGGCAGCAACUGACCCAGAUUCACAAGGCAAGUCAAUACCCAGGAGUCGGGUUGGCCUUGAUCAACAGCAACAAGACCCAUCAGAUGUAGUCCCUGAACACCCUAAGAUACCCCAAAUCCUGUCUAAGGGAGCCCUUGAGAAACUGGAGAUGACUUUAAAGCACAAAUAUCUGACCUUCUUGUCAGGGCUGCCCACUCUUUAUUAUGUGGCUCUCUCCAGGGCCGUGUCCCCUGAAUCCAUUGCCCAAGCUAUAACCAUAAAGACGGUGCCUAAGCCUGAAGAACGCAUAGCAGAACCUCAAUCUCAGAAGACAUCAUCAAAAGAACAAAUGAAAGAAGCAACUGAGGCAACUGAGCUGGUGAAAGUAGAAAGCGAACCAGAAAUUCCUAGCUCCAUCUCGGUCAAGAAACCCAUCUUGGACAAACUCAAAUUUCAUCUAAAAAAGAAGAUUCUGGAGGCACAACUGGGAAUACCUAUAAAGGCAAGAGCAUCCAGGGAAAUAAUUCUAGCAACCCCAGAGGACAUAACUGAAAUAACCACACAGGAGCCUCCUGAAAGUUUAAGCCAACAGGAGAAAGUAUUGUCCAACAAUCUCACCGUCCCAGCAGAUACAUCUUGUGACCCGGAUCCAGAUCAGCUCCACCAUAAAAAACAGCUGGGUAUUGAGUUAAAGGCAGUGCAGCAGAAUCAGAAGCAAUCUCUUGUCAGUGAAGCACCCCAGGGUUCCAACAACUGGGUCUCCAAGAUAUCACAGCCCAGUGGGGACAUGACAGAGGCCCAGGUGCUUUGUGUUCAGCUGGAAGCCAGUGUGAGCAACCCCAUCGUAGAAGAGCCUUCAGAUCAUGAGCCUCAUAGCUCUGGCAAAAGCAUGGACUCAGCCCAGGGCCAGGCUCUCCUGAAACAACCCCUUCAGAGAAAGCCACUGCAGGGCCAAACAUUGCAAAAUCGGGUUGUGCAAGGCCAGAGAAUGCCAGUCCCUACUCACAAGAGGCCCAGCCUUGCAGAAUCUGGCUUGAGAAGUAAGAUGAAAUCCUUUCUUCACUCUAUUAACCCCCCCAAGACUAUAGCCAAUAAGCCUCAUGUAACAAAGAACCACAAGGUGUCUCUAGAAAUUGUGAACGGCAUUCAGACGUCAAAAUCAUUUCCAGAUGACAACUGGCAAGAUGCAAAGGCCCUGUAA